UGGUUGAUGCUAUUGUUUGAAAAGGUUAGUGUAGUUGACAUUAGUGGCCGCUAGGUUGCAGUAUAUUAAAGAACAGCGCUCAAGGCCCAAGAAGAAGAAGACCAAUGUAAACAUGGAGCUGGAGAAGAACAUGGUUGUGUCCGAGUUCCUGAGCAAAGGAAGCGUGUUAAAACAAGGAGCGGAGGCCCGUGUUUACCGAGACGUGUUCCUGGGGAGGUCAACCAUUAUUAAAGAAAGGUUCCCGAAGAAGUACCGCCACCCUCUGUUGGACGAGAAGCUCACCCACCGCAGGACCGUGCAGGAGGUGCGGUCCAUACAGCGAUGCAGAAGAGCUGGCAUCCCCACCCCUGUGGUGUACUUUGUGGACUACACCUCCCACUGCAUCUUCCUGGAGGACAUUGUGGAUUCGGUGACAGUGCGUGACCACAUCGCGGCGACUCGGCAGCGGUCCCAUCCCAGUCCCACCCUGGUGCCCCUGGAGCCGCUGGCCGCCAGAGUGGGCCGGGUCCUGGCCCGGAUGCACGACGAGGACGUGGUGCACGGGGACCUCACCACCUCCAACAUGCUGCUGAGGAGGAGCGGCGACGGGGAGGCAGAGCUCAGCCUGGUGCUCAUAGACUUUGGCCUGAGUUACAUCUCCGCUCUGCCCGAGGACAAGGGCGUGGACCUGUACGUCCUGGAGAAGGCCUUCCUCAGCACCCACCCCAACACGGAGCCGCUGUUCCAGAAGCUGCUGGAGAGCUACGCCGCCUCUUCCAAGAAGUCCUCGGCCGUCAUCAAGAAACUGGAUGAGGUGCGGCUGAGAGGGAGGAAGAGGUCCAUGGUGGGCUGAGGAAGAGGUCCAUGGUGGGCUGAGGGAGAGGAAGAGGUCCAUGGUGGGCUGAGGGAGAGGAAGAGGUCCAUGGUGGGCUGAGAGGGAGGAAGAGGUCCAUGGUGGGCUGAGAGGGAGGAAGAGGUCCAUGGUGGGCUGAGAGGGAGGAAGAGGUCCAUGGUGGGCUGAGAGGGAGGAAGAGGUCCAUGGUGGGCUGAGAGGGAGGAAGAGGUCCAUGGUGGGCUGAGGGAGAGGGCCGCGGUGGGCUGAGGUCUUCCCCGGAGGCUGUCAAUGGAUAGAGAAGAUCCUCAAAACCCAACAAGCACAUAUGAAUACAAACACAGAGAGAGACAACAGACCAAUCCUUCAGCCUUUCUACAGGAUUAAUUUGUGUUUACUGUUUAUAUUGGGGAAACAAUUCAUGAGCUGCAGCUGUUACCAUUCAAUAAAGCAUUUCAUAAAUCUCUUAUGGACACGCGUGUUCUCA